AUGCAAAGGAGUAAAUUGAAAGAAAUACAUAUCAAAGAUAUUAGUUCAGAACCAUUUACGGCACCUGUUGAUAUUGGCUAUAGACUGAAUCUUUUGAAGAGGAAUGAAUAUACUGUUGGUUCUAACUUAGACACUUCUAACCCUUCAACUGCUAUUGGAUCUAACAAUAGGGGAGGUCCAGGUUUAGAUUAUAUCAUGUCAAUUGAUUUUGCUUUAAAUUUGAAUAUAGUUGAUAACAAUGGUCAAUGGAGGAUCAGAGGCCAGACAACUUUGAAGGAAUUGUUUGCACUACCUCUGAAUAAGCAUGUUGUAGUGUCUGCAAACUUUGAUAGUUGGCUAUAUGGCUCCAUCCCUUCCAAUAGUACUCUCUUCCAUCUUCCACACCUUCAGAAGCUCAACCUUGCCUUCAACGAUUUUAACUCUUCCAAGAUGUCAUCUAAGUUUGGUGGGUUUGCAAGUCUAGUGUAUCUCAACCUCUCUAGAUCAAACUUUGCAGGACAAGUCCCAUCCCAAGUCUCCCACUUGUCAAAAUUGGUUUCACUUGAUCUCUCUGGGAAUUAUCAGCAAACAUUUCAGCAACAUGCUUUGGAAGGACUUGUUCACAACCUAACAGAGGUGAGAGAUCUUUUUCUUGAUGAAACCAACAUGUCUUCUAUUAAUCCUUAUGUCUUGAGGAAUCUAUCCUCAUCUUUAAGGUCUCUUAGUCUCAAUGAGUGUGAUUUGCAAGGAAAAUUCCCAGAAAACAUUUUCCAUCUGCCAAACCUCAAGUUGCUCAAUUUAGGACGCAACAGAAACCUCAGUCUCAAUCUUCCACAAUUCAAUCGGAGCAGCCAUCUCAAGCUUUUGGAUCUAUCAUAUAUGUCCUUCUCUAGAGAAUUGUUUGAAUCGAUUGGCAAUUUAGUACCUUUGGAGGAGUUGGAUGUAUCACACGCAUUUUUGUCAGGAGGAUUGCCCAAUUCAAUCGGGAACCUUAUUUCCUUGAAGGAAUUGGGCUUGUCAUGGAACUCUUUUAGUGGAUCAAUUCCUCCGUCACUCACAAACCUAAAACAACUUGAAUUCUUCGACAUUUUUGGAAGUAUGCUAGAAGGUUCCAUUCCAGAUGAGGUAACUGCUUUUCCUAAUCUAAUCCUGCUAGACUUGAGUUCAAAUUCACUUAGUGGAACACUUCCAUCAUGGUUGUAUACCAUUUCCUCCUUAAAGUACAUAGAUCUCUCUCAUAACCAGUUCAGUGGUCAUAUCAAAGAAUUCCAAUACAACUCUCUGGAAUUGAUAUAUUUACAAAAUAAUAAACUCCAAGGUCCUAUUCCAACUUCAAUAUCCCAACUCAUGAACCUUACUUUUCUCUCUUGUUCAUCAAAUAAUCUAAGUGGUAUUGUAGAUUUUGGCAUGUUCUUGAAACUUCAAAACCUGCAAGUGCUUGAUCUUUCAUCUAACAGUUUAUCCUUAAACUUUAGUGGCACUAGUGCUGUUUAUACACUACCUAACCUUGUAUCUUUGUAUUUGUCUUCUUGCAAUGUUAGCGAAUUCCCCCAAUUGUUAAGAGGCUCAAAAAGUUUGCAACAUUUAGAUCUUUCCAAUAAUAGUUUGAGCGGAAAUGUCUUUUAUCUAAUUUGCAAUAUGACUUCUCUUGGAUUUCUUGACUUGUCUCACAACAACUUGAGUGGAAUCAUUCCCCAUUGUUUGGGAAAUUUAAGCGACAGUCUUUGGAUGUUGAAUCUACGGAUGAACAAAUUUCGUGGAAUCAUUCCUCCAACUUUUACAAAGGGAUGUCAAUUGAAGAAUCUCAACUUAAAUGGCAAUCAAUUAGAAGGGCCUUUAACACGAUCCAUCCCUAAUUGUAGAGGUCUGGAAGUGCUAGAUCUUGGUGACAACAAGAUCAAUGAUACAUUUCCUCAUUGGUUGGGAAGUCUUCCUGAGCUACAAGUUCUUUUAUUGCGGUCAAAUCAACUACAAGGUCCCAUACAAGACGCUAGUUCCAGUCUUUCUUUUUCCCAAAUCAAAAUUUUUGACAUCUCAAGCAAUUUUUUUUCUGGAACACUACCUGUGAUGUAUAUAAAAAAUUUCCAAGCAAUGAUAAAUCUCACAGAAAAAGAAAGUGUAUCGCAAUACAUGGGGGAGAUUUAUGUUGACAAUGGUAUAUCUUAUAGCUAUUCCAUUGAAAUUACAAUCAAAGGAGUAACGAGGGAAGGGGUGAAAAUUUUCAUCAAGUUAAUGGGCAUUGACCUUUCAAAUAAUAAGUUUCAAGGAGAGAUUCCAAAGGUUAUUGGAAAGCUUAACUCACUCAAAGGUCUUAACCUUUCUCAUAAUAAUCUUAGUGGAUGUAUCCCCACUUCAAUAGGGAAUUUGAUUAAUCUUGAAUGGCUGGACCUCUCUUCAAACAAGCUGGUUGGGACGAUUCCAGAGAGAUUGCUAGAUUUGACAUCUCUUUCUGUCUUUAAUGUUUCUGAAAAUCAUCUUAAAGGUCAGAUUCCACAAGGCAAACAAUUCAACACUUUUGGAAAUGAUUCAUAUGAAGGAAACAAGGGAUUAUGUGGAUUUCCAGUCUCUAAAGGUUGCAGCAACAGUGAGCCGCCACCUUCCAACUUGCUGGAAGAAGAUGGCUCAAAAUCGAGCAUUGCUUUUGGUUGGAAAGUAGUGUUGACAGGUUAUGGAUGUGGAGUUAUCUUUGGAUUGGUAAUAGGAUAUGUUGUUUUUCAAACUGGUAAGCCAAAAUGGAUUGUGGCUUUGGUUGAAGACCGAUAUCAUAAGAGGCGAAAAGGGUCAAAGAUUGGCAAUCGUAAUGGUGGAGGACGAAGGACGUAG